UCGGUAAGAUAUGAUAGUAUUUAGAUCUAUUAAUAUAAAUACUUUUUACGUCGUAUACGAUAUAAAAUAUGAUAAUAGAGACUAUCAGUGAACGAAUAGAAGUACACAAUAUGAAUAUUUUGUUAUCAAUAUCAAUAUCAUCAUCAAUUUAAUGAUCUUCUUGUAGUGUAUGAUUUACAUAAUUUUAUAUUGCGAAAUUACAAUUUGUAAUAUUGAAGAUAAAAAAUAUUAGUCAUUGCUACAAUGAAGUGUCACUAUGAGAUAUUAGGGGUACCACGAAAUGCUUCUGAUGAUGACUUAAAAAAGGCUUACAGAAAACUAGCUUUAAAGUGGCAUCCAGACAAAAAUUUAAAUAAUCCAGAAGAAGCAAAGGAACAGUUUCAGCUUGUUCAACAAGCUUGGGAAGUAUUAAGUGAUCCUCAUGAACGUACCUGGUAUGACAACCAUCGUGAAGCUAUUUUAAAAGGUGGUAUUGAUGGAGAUUAUAAGGAUGACUCUAUUGAUCUCUUUCAAUAUUUCUCAACUACUUGUUUCAAGGGUUAUGGAGACGAUGAAAAAGGAUUUUAUACUAUUUAUCGUAAUGUAUUUGAAAAAUUAGCAGUUGAGGACAUAGAAUUUGCAAAAGAAAGAGAUUUGGAUGAAGAAAUUCCAGGAUUUGGAGAUUCACAAAGUUCAUACAAAGAAAUUGUUCAUAAAUUUUAUGCUUAUUGGCAAAGUUAUAACACAAAAAGAUCAUUUGCAUGGUUAGAUCCUUAUGAUAUUAGAGAUGCUCCUAAUAGAAGAGUCGCACGUCUUAUUGAGAAAGAAAAUAAGAAAGUUCGAGACAAAGCUAAAAAAGAAAGAAAUGAACAAGUAAGAAAUUUAGUCGCAUUUAUACGUAAACGUGAUAAACGAGUACAGGCUCAUAUAGUUAAGCUUAGUGAACAUGCAAAAGAAAAUUUGAAAAAGGUAGAAGAACGAAGAAGACAACAAUUAUUAGAAAGACAAAAACAAUUAAAAGAACAUAAAGUAUCAGAGUGGACAACAUCUUCGAACAUAGAGGCCGAGCUGAGAAAUAUUGAAGCUAAUCUUGAUCAAGAAUUUGGAGAAGAUUUAUCUUCUGAAGGAGACAUGGAUGAUGAAAAUGCGAUAGACGAUAAUUCUCUAUACUGUGUAGCUUGCAAUAAAAUAUUUAAAACACAUAAAGCAUUUGAAAAUCAUGAAAACUCUAAAAGACAUAAAGAUAAUAUUGCAAUGAUAAAACUAUCUAUGAUUAAAGAAGUUAACAAAUUUGGAAAUGUUCAAGAAAAUGACGUUAAUUGUGAAUCAAUCUCGCAAUGUGAGAAAAAACUAGCAACAGAUUCACAAAUUCCUGAUUUUUUAUUAAAUCCUGUUCAAAAUAAUAUGGAGAAUAAAAGUAAUGCUGAAAAAGAAGCUUCAGAGGCAGAAUUAAUAUCAGACGAUGAAGAGUUUAAGGAUUUUGCAAAACGAGAGGGAACAAUGUGCUAUCCAGAAGAAUCUAAAUUUGCUGUGGAAUCUCAGAUGGACGAUUUCCUUCGCGUAUCACCUAAAGUACUGAAAUAUAAUAAUGAAUAUACAACUUCUGAAGAUGAGCUUAUUUCCGACCAAGAAAAUAAAGAAAUUGUGCGACCUAAGAAACAAAAAAAGAAAAAACAGAAAAAGAAUGUUCAAAAUCCAGUAGUUGAACAAAUUAGUGACGAAGAUCUAAAUAUCAAUGAAGAUAUUUUGUUAUCAAAAAAACAACGCAAAAAACAGCGACACAAGCAGACAACAUCAAAUAAAGUUGUUGAGAAUAAUCAAAAAUUGUCCAAUGAUGAAAUAAGGAAAUGUGAGGAAGAGAUGAUCAAAGAAAUAGAUGAAAGAGAAUUAUUACCUAAUAAUUUAGAAACAAAUACUGCAACUAAUGAGAAAUCUAAAAGUAAGAAGGUUAAAAGUGCAAAAGGAAAAUCUUUAGAAAAAGAAAGUGGAGUUAAAAAUAGGAAUGGAUCACAAAGUAUUGAAGUGCCAGAUUUAGCACAUUGUUGUGUUAUGUGUAAACUUGAAUUUCCUAGUAAAAAUAAAUUAUUUGAACAUUUGAAAAAGACAGGACAUUCUGUAUAUAUACCAAAUUCAAUGAAAAAUAAAGGAAAUCAAGAAAAAUUGAGUAAAGCCAAGGGGAACAAUGAUAAAAGGAGUCAUGUGGCAAAUAAUAUAUUAGAUUCUAAUUUAAGGUCCAGAAUUAUGGCUGCCAAAAUGCUAAUUUAUCCUGCAGCUGAACGUAACAAAAAUCCAAUUUUGUCAGUUCUUCAAAAAUAUAUUCAGCAUGGUCCAGAUAAAACUUUUUUGGAAAUUGCAUCUGGUUCUGGACAACAUAUAGCCCAUUUUGCUACUCGUUUUCCUCAAAUUUCAUUUUAUCCUUCAGAAUAUGAAUCAAGGCUAUUCGAAAGUAUUGCAGCUCAUACAAAUGGGCUUAUAAAUGUGAAAGACCCUUUAAAGAUAGAUAUCACAACAGAUUUUCAUACUUGGGGUAAUAAUAUCUUUAAAGAAGCCAAUAUUGAUUAUAUAUAUAAUGCAAAUAUGAUACAUAUUUCACCUUAUCAGUGUUGUGUUGGUUUAUUUAAUAAUGCGGGUAAAUUGUUAAAGGAUGAUGGUAUUUUAUUUACAUAUGGACCUUAUGCUAUAGACGGAAAAAUAACGCCAGAAAGUAACGUUAAUUUCAAUAAAUCAUUGAAGCUUCAAGAUUCAAACUGGGGCCUGAGAGAUAUUAAUGAUCUGAAAGCAUUAGCAGAAAAGAAUGGUAUUAAGUUAAUAAAUGUUAUUGACAUGCCUGCUAACAAUAAAACUAUUAUAUGGAAAAAAAUGUUAAGUACAUAUGAAGACACCGCUCGAUUUAAUAUAGACAUUAAAUUAGAUAUGUUCAAUUUCUCCAAAACAAUGACUCUACAACGACUCAAAAGUGCCGAAUUUAAGCUGAAAGAAGGAUUUUCUGUUGUUGCACCAAUUAGUGUAAUGAUACCAGAUUCAACAUGUGAAGAAAAUUCUUUAGAACAGAUGGGACAACAAAUUUUAUCAUUGUCCAUGUCUCAAUCUACAAUACGGAUAUAUAAAUAUAGACACACUAUAUCUAAUAAUUAUAAAAACAAUGCAAUAUAUUUCGGAAAUGAUGGAAAAUUACAAAUUUGUGCAAUGAUAGUUCGUCGAAGGCGAAGGACAUUAGAUAACAAGCAAUCGCAGGUGCAAAGCGCCAAGUUUGAUUAUGAACAUAUUUCUACCAAUUGUGUCGAAAAUGUUGUCGAACAAGAGGAGAAAGACGGAGAAAUUGUUUCAAAUGUAAUUGAAAAGUUUAAAACACUGGAAACGCUAAAAACUCGAAUUAAAAUCAGUCUCGAAGUUGAUUUAAUUUCAGUUAUUUUAUUAGUAAGUGGAAUUGUUACUCGAUUUUAUCGUUUAGAAGAACCACGGAGUAUAGUGUUUGAUGAAUUGCAUUAUGGAAAAUAUAUAGGACUUUACAUGAAAAGAACAUUUUUUUUUGAUUCACAUCCUCCUUUGGGAAAACAACUUAUUUCUGCAGUAGCGUAUUUAGCUGAUUUCGAUGGUCAAUUUAAAUUUGACAGGAUAGGAAGCCCUUACGCAGAUAUUGUCCCUUUGUUCGCAUUACGAUUAGUACCGGCAUUAUGCGGCAGUCUAUUAAUUCCGACAGCCUAUCAUCUGAUUUUAGAAUUAGGUUUAAAACAAUGGACUGCUGUUUUGGCGGGAGUUUUGUUACUAUUCGAUAAUGCUUUGUUAACACAAUCUAGAUUUAUUUUAAUGGAAAGCAUUCUAAUGCAGUUUUCAUUAUUUGGACUGAUAUGUAUUAUCAAAUUCAGAAAAGUAAUGGAUCGACUAACAUGUUUAUCUUGGUGGAUAUGGUUAAUUUUGGGCAUUACUAAUUUAACAUGUGCAUUAUGUGUAAAAUAUGUUGGAUUAUAUUCAUUGAUCCUUGCAUUAUUUUUAAUUGCUUAUGAUUAUUGGAAUCUAAUACCAAGAAAAACUUUAUCUAACACAAUAUUGUGCAUUCAUCUUAUGAUAAGAAUAUUGGUAAUAUUAAGUGUUAUUUGUACUGUUUACUUGACUGUAUUUUAUAUACAUUUAACAAUACUCUCUAAAGCUGGACCACACGAUUCAGUAAUGACAAGCGCUUUUCAAGCAAGUCUAGAUGGUGGUCUUGCUAGCAUUACAAAAGGCCAACCUUUAGAAGUUACGCAUGGAUCACAGAUUACAUUGAGACAUACAUAUGGAAGAGCUUGUUGGCUUCAUAGUCAUAGUCAUAUGUAUCCAUUAAGAUAUCCAGAUGGAAGAGGCAGUUCUCACCAACAACAAGUUACAUGUUACUCAUUUAAAGAUGUCAACAAUUGGUGGAUUGUGAAAAAACCAGAGCGAAAUGAUUUGGUUGUUACAAAACCUAGUGAACCAAUAAAACACGGAGAUAUAAUACAAUUAGUACAUGGAAUUACAAGUCGAGCUUUAAAUUCACAUGAUGUUGCUGCCCCAAUGACACCUCAAAGUCAAGAGGUGUCUUGUUAUAUUGAUUACAAUGUAUCUAUGCCUGCUCAAAAUUUUUGGAAAGUGGAGGUUACUAACAAAGAUAAUACUGGUGAUGUUUGGCAUGCGAUUCAAAGCCAGAUUCGAUUAAUACAUGUAAAUACAGAUUAUGCACUAAAAUUUAGUGGAAGGCAAUUGCCUGACUGGGGCUUCAACCAGCAUGAAGUAGUGGCAGAUAGAUUAGUAGACCAAACAGACUCCAUAUGGAAUGUUGAAGAACAUAGAUAUACUAAAAGUGAAGAUCAGAAGCAAAGAGAAAGAGAAUUAAUUAAUGCUGAAAUGAUUCCAUUACAAGCUACUACUUUGAGCUUUUGGGAGAAAUUUGUAGAAUUGCAGAUAAAAAUGCUUUUCAGCGGUCAAGAUGGACAAAACAGUCAUAUGUAUUCUAGUGAUCCUUUAGAUUGGCCAUUAAUGUCUAGAGGAAUUGCAUAUUGGGUUUCUAAUGACAGUAAUGCUCAAGUGCAUUUAUUAGGGAAUAUAGCAAUUUGGUAUUCCGGAACAGCAUGUGUAAUUGUCUAUUCAUCUCUUUUAAUAUUUUAUAUAUUAAGACGGAAACGAAUGUGUUUUGAUAUUGCAUAUGAAGAGUGGAAGAAAUUUGUUAAUAUUGGAAGCAUGUUGUUAGCUGGAUAUUUAUUACAUUUUUUGCCUUUUAUAUUUGUUGAAAGAACUCUAUUUCUUCAUCAUUAUUUACCAGCAUUUAUUUUUAAACUACUGCUUACAGCAGCAACAAUAGAACAUGUAUAUUACGUAAUUAGAGUUCGAUAUCAGCACAAUUUUCUGAUAUAUACAUUAAAGUUCUGUGCUAUCGUAUGGAUAACCUUUAUUAUUUAUGUAUUUAAAAAAUUUAUUAUACUUAGCUAUGGCACAACUCAUUUAAAUGCCAAGGAAGUUUUAAAGUUCAGAUGGAAAGACACAUGGGAUUUUAUUAUACAUAAAACAUAAUAGACAAUCAAAGAUGUAAAGUUUUUUUUAAGUAUACAUUUAUAAAGUUGUUAUCUGCUUGUAUCAAAAUUUAUUUAAUGUAUCACUUAUAUAUACAUUGUAUGUUGAUAUUAUAAAGGACAAAUUUUAAUAAUUGUAAGAA